UCAUGCAAUAGAUGGAGCCUGCGAUUCAAUCGAAUGUCAACGGCGUGGAGACAUGCGCGAUGGAGACCCAGGACAUUGUCAAGGGUAUCGCAGUUGUCAGCAACGAAGGGAUAUCGGCCGGAGCAAACACCACUGACUGUGCAGUGGUCCUUGCGGCAAUUUGUGAGCAGAGUGCAGACAUGAUGACGGAUGGUGAGGCCAAUGAGAAUGAUGCAGGGUGUGUUGUUGCAGACGAGAAUGUGGUCAGGACGUCAGCAAAAACUCUCUUCCCCUAUGACAUCAUUGGGUACCUGGUCGACUUCAACCGGGUAUCGUUGGAGGAGCGUCGUGCUUCGCGUUCAAAAGUGCUGAGGUUGGAAGAUGAGGUGAGCGCUGACGACAAAUCGCGGCAUGUGUUGAAACUGUGGCAUGUUCUGGACGCGAAGGGCGAGUUGAGGCUCAAUGAUUUUGAGUACGACAGUGUCGACUGCGGAGAGUCAUGGGUGAUUGGCGGGUUGGACACUACAGCGAGUUCGGUUUGCCCACAGAGUGAUGCCAGGAGGGAUCCACGGUGGGGUUGGGUGCCACAUGACGCCCCGCUUCUUUGUGGCCGUGUGAAGGUGCCGAUGCAUGAUGCCAUGGGGAAUGUAUGGACCACGUGUUAUAUAAACGGCAGCUUCUCAUCUAGGCACCUGAACAGGGAGGUGACUGAAGAGGAGAAGAUGGCGAUGGCUUGUCCCACCCCUGCUGCUCGUUGUUUUUCGCCGCCUCUUCGGAACCCUGAGGAGCUCGAGGUGGCAGAGGGGAAAGUGUUCGCGGGUGACCAUGGGUACACAUACACGCAUGCCAGAGGGGAGGACGCUACUGCUGAUGGAAUAACCACGCUGGUAUGGGACCCAUUCAACCUGAACCCUGACGUUCUGGCUGCCAUAGACAUUGCGGCCCAUGUCAUCCCUGAGGGGCAGUUGCAGCAGCAUGUGGCCCCUCAGAAGUACAGAUAUUGCAUGGUGGAGCAGUGGCAGUUCCUGGUGGUAGUGGCACGUGUCUUCAUUUUCAAUGCAGAUGUGAAGGACCACGUGCUGGUUGUGGAGCAUGCAAAGCGGUGCUGGGAGAAGAUAAGGAAGGAGGACCGUCAGAUGGUGUGCAUGGGUUACGACUCCAUGCCAGACCAGGGGAUGUGGUCCAUGGUUGAGGGGAGUCCUGGUGGGCAAGGGCAGGGCGAUGGCGAAAACAGGUACAUGGCUCACAUCCACCGCAGGCAUGGUUGCUCCGCCCUUGUUGGUUGGGUCCCGGCCGUAUGUCGCAUGACAUACGAGCAAGGUGGAGAGAUGAUGAUGAGGUUCAGGGACCCGCUUGGUGUGCCGUUUCUGCUGACGUACUCGGAUGGCCUCCUGUGAGACAUUCGGUAUAUGGUGGCCGAGGACACCCGAGGUGGACAUCGGAGGCCGGGACAGACAGAGGAGACGCGCCCGGGACAUU